AUUUUUAUGAAAAGCAAAAGCGAUGCAAUAGUUGUUGUGCCAACUCCCUUUAGUAAAUGCAAUUAUUAUUGGAUUAGAUUCUAUUAAAGCUUUUGUCAUCUUCUAAGAUAAUUGGAUUAUAGCAGAUACAAAAUACCUUUACAAAAUGUCCAAAAAUGCAUAAAAAUUAAUUAAUAAAUUAGAAGUUGAAGAAACAUAAUAUUUAUAUACAAACUCAGAUAAAAUCAUUGUUUAAACCAAAGAAGGCUGGAUUCAUAUAGUUAGAGAAGAUUUUUCAAAAUAAAAUUCUUUUCAUCUGAAUAUAUUUAGUUUCUGCAGAUUAUGCAUACAUGAAGAAUUUCUAUAUUUCAUCAAUUCAAAUUAAUUAGAAGCAAGAGAUUUAAUCAACUUACAAACAGAAUAUUAUGAUUAUUAAUCUGAAAUUUUUUGUACAUCUAUUAAAGUUAUUGGAUAAGAAAUAGAUUAAUUUAUUAUAAUCGUUUUAGAUAAUGGCAUAAUUGAUAUCUUAAAAAAUAAAAUAUUUAUGCAUAGAUAUUAACUAAACUAAACUAAAACUAAUCCAAUUUUUAUAUAUGAUUGCUAUCCAAUAAUAUUUAACAAAAAUUUAAUAAUUGCAGCUUCAACAAAUCAACAAUCAAUUAUUAUAUUAAAGGAUUAAAAUAUAUAAUAAACUAUUAAUAUUAGUUUCAGUGCUACUACGAUUUUCACAUAUUCUAAAACUGAAUUAAGUCCUUUAAUAGCAUUUAAUAAAAGUAGAUUUUCUCUAAUAACCAAUAAAGAAAUUUGCAAAUUUGAUUUUUCGAAUAUAUCUAACUAUCAUUUUGAGAAGUACUGUUUUUUGAGUACUAAUGAACAAAUUAUAAUAGUAGAUUUUAAUUAUUUGAAGAAAUGA